UUCUACACCAACCCCCAAACAGGCAUAGAGGUCAACAACAUUGCGUGCAUACAUCUGUUGGCAACCGAUUCAGGGUGCCCUAGAAUUCUCUACAUUUCCAUUUUCUACUCCCCUUUUACCUAGUGCUGUUGGAAUUUAGAUGGAGCGCCCCUCACGUGUUGGGGAAAUAAAAAUCUUGGUACUGGGGGAGUCGAUACGCGCAGUCUCUGCUUUAUGGACCCAAUUUGUCUGGCAUGUCUUCUCGGAAGACCAUACUAUUGAAAGUAGCUCAGACUUCCGGAAGCAUAUCGUCGUCGAUGGGAAACCGUAUCUGGUAUACGAAUCAACGAUGGAUUCAUCGUGGGAGUACCGCACACUCAAAUUCCAGUAUAUUCGUGACGCCCAUGCAUUUAUCUUACUUUAUGACGUCACUUCCCGAUAUUCUUUCGAUCUUGUCCUGUCCUUCUAUAUGGAUAUUCUAGGAAAGCGCCACGAACCUCAACCUAGAGUAUCAUGCAAUAGCCCGGGUAUUGUUGCGCGCUCAAUAGAGCUGAGCCAGCUGUCUGCUGGGCAUACAAAAGGCCUUAUGAGCUUAUCGCAAAAGCUGAGAGUCAGGCUUCGCAUACCAAAGCAUCCAUCAGACCAAUCAGCAGAGGCCUGCACCUGUUUUCCACGUCUCCCUACAGAGCUGCAACUCUCGAUUCUCCGCAUGUGCCUAACUUCUCCCGACCCGAUCAUAGACCGCAAGCCACACCAUAAUAAUGUCAAUAUGGAUAUCCUCCUGGUCUGUAAGAUGUUCUAUAAUAAAGGAAUCAAAUUUUACCGAGAGGCAAACACUUUCAGACCGUCAAUGCCGGUUUGGAUAGUGGCUGAUAUUACAAACCCUUCAUCCCGGAAGCAACAGGUUACAUCGGAGGAUGGAAAGGCCCUUGCGGACCGUCUUGGUUGUACAUUUGUUGAAUCUUCGUCCAUGAUUUAUGAUACGGUUGAGCCGAUAUUUGAAGGUCUGGUACGGGAGUGUCGAAUCGUGAAGAAGAUCCAGAAACAGCAUGAGGUGGAAUCCUCCCAGCCGAUUAGUGCGGAGGUAUUAGAGGCUAGAAAGUUGUUACAGCGGAAUCGCGCAUGGGAUUUCCUGGCCCGGAUUUCCAUGAAGGCCACACAUCGUCUUUCCUGAUAGUGGAGGCUCCUAUUCCAUGUUCAAACACUAAUGACUUGCAUAGCCGGCAGCAUGGCUCUAAGGAUUUCAAUAGUAAUCAAGUCUUUAC